UGGAGCUUUUACAACGUUCUGGCUUUUUUAGUGGACAUACCGAGUCCGAAUAUUUUCAUUUUCAUCUCUCUCCCUCCCUCUCUCUCUCUCUCUCUCUCUCUCUCUCUCUCUCCCACCCACCCUCCACCUCCCGCUCCCGCUCCACUUCCGCCGUCGCGGUCGCUGUUGCCGCCGUCACUUUUCCUUCGCAGCCGGUUGCUGCGAUUAACGAUUCCUCGCUUUGGAUCUUCAUUGCCGCAAUUUCAACUCCUUCGCUGUCUUUACUUUCACGCUCUCACUAUUCCUUCUCUUAACCGAGUGUUCCUUUUUUUUUUUUUCCUAUCUGAUACGUCUUCUUUCAAGCUGCAUUUCUAUCACCUGGAAUGGACCGACGAAGUUGGCCCUGGAAGAAAAAAUCAUCUGAGAAGACAGCAGAGAAGGCUAAUGCUUCAGAGUCGGCUGGAAGUCAGGGUGAUCAGGAUGGUUGCAAAAAACCAAGUUAUGUACAAAUCUCUGUUGAGUCGUACUCUCAUCUUACCGGUUUGGAGGAUCAAGUAAAAACUCGCGACGAACAAAUCCAGGCACUGGAGGAUGAGAUUAAAGAGCUCAGCGAGAAACUGUCGGCUGCACACUCAGAGAUGACUACUAAGGACAACCUAGUGAAACAGCAUGCUAAAGUUGCUGAAGAAGCUGUCUCAGGUUGGGAGAAAGCUGAGGCAGAAGCUCUGGCAUUGAAAAAUCACUUAGAGACAGUGACACUUUCCAAGCUCACUGCUGAAGAUCGGGCGUCACAUUUGGAUGGUGCUCUGAAGGAAUGCAUGAGGCAGAUAAGAAAUCUGAAAGAAGAACAUGAACAUACAUUGCAAGAAGUUAUUUUCACCAAGACUAAGCAGUGGGACAAAAUUAAACUUGAGUUGGAGUCAAAAAUGGAAGACUUGGAUCAAGAACUUCUUAGGUCUGCUGCUGAAAAUGCUGCACUUUCAAGGUCAUUACAAGAACGUUCCAACAUGCUGAUUCAAAUAAGUGAAGAAAAGCUACAAGCUGAGGCUGAGAUUGAGUUGCUGAAGGGCAACAUUGAAUCGUGCGAAAGAGAAAUAAAUUCACUUAAAUACGAAUUACAUAUAGUUUCCAAGGAGCUAGAAAUCCGUAAUGAAGAAAAGAAUAUGAGUAUGAGGUCUGCUGAAGCAGCCAACAAGCAGCACAUGGAGGGUGUUAAGAAAAUAACAAAACUAGAAGCAGAGUGUCAAAGAUUACGUGGUCUUGUGCGGAAGAAAUUGCCUGGCCCUGCUGCACUUGCUCAAAUGAAGCUAGAGGUUGAAAGUUUAGGCAGGGAAUAUGGAGACACCCGAGUGCGGAAGUCACCUAGUAGGCCUCCAACUCCACAUAUGUUAUCUGUGCCUGAUUUUUCCCUUGAUAAUGCACUGAAAUUCCAGAAGGAGAACGAGUUCCUCACAGAACGAAUGUUUGCCAUGGAGGAGGAAACAAAGAUGCUUAAAGAGGCUUUGGCAAAGCGUAAUAGUGAAUUGCAGACUUCUAGGAGUAUGUGUGCCAAGACGGCUAGUAAACUUCAAAACUUGGAGGCACAACUCCAAAAUAGUAAUCACCAAAGAAGCUCCCCAAAAUCUGUUGUUCAGUAUAAUGCCGAUGGCUUUUCAUGCCAAAACACAAGUCAUCCUCCCAGCGUGACCUCUAUGUCUGAAGAUGGAAAUGAGGAUGGACAGAGUUGUGCAGAUUCUCUAUCCACAGCGGCAAUCUCUGACAUUUCCCAAUUUAGGGAGAAGAGAAAUGAGAAAAUAAGUAAAACCGAAAGUGGAAGUCACUUGGGGCUCAUGGAUGACUUUCUAGAAAUGGAGAAAUUGGCAUGCCAAUCAAAUGAGUCAAACGAAGCCAUCCUUGCUUCAGAUAAUUCAAACAAUAAGGCGUCUGAAGUUGAACACCAGGAGUCCAAUGAUAUCCAGUCGGAACAGCAUCCGGAUUCAAGUCCAUCUACAGAUGUUGUAUCUUCUACUGUUGAUUUGUCAACGGAGAGUGCUGAUUCUGAUGGAUUGCCUUUGAUGAAACUCCGAUCAAGAAUAUCUAUGAUUUUUGAGUCUAUUCCAAAGGAUGCAGAUACUGGAAAAAUUUUGGAGGAUAUCAAAUGCAUUGUGCAAGAUGCUCAUGAUGCACUUCAGCAACCCACCAUCAGUUAUUUUAGAUGUGUUUCUGAAGUGCAAUGCCCUGAUACGACAUGUGAUAGGCAAGCCAAUCCUGAUGAUGCUGGUUUAGGAGUAGAAAGAGAAAUUGCUUUAUCCCAGCCUGCUGCACACAAUCAGCCUAUGAACCAAGAGCUGGAAGCUGCCAUCUCUCAAAUUCAUGAAUUUGUGUUGUUCCUUGGGAAAGAAGCUUCCAGAGUUCAUGAUACGGCAUCUCCAGAUGGGCAUGGACUGGGUCAAAAAAUUGAGGAAUUUUCUGCCACCUUUAGUAAAAUGGUGCAUGGGAACACAAGUUUGGUGGACUUUGUUAUUAUUCUUUCUCAUGUUUUAUCUGAAACCAGUGAGCUCAGAUUUAGUUUCAUUGGAUGCAAGGAUACUGAUGGCGAUACCAAUAGUCCUGAUUGCAUAGACAAGGUAGCAUUACCAGAGCACAAGGUUGUACAAGACGACUUACUGGACGAAAGAUAUACAAACGGUUGUUCUCAUAUUUCUAGUCCAACUUCUGAUCUUGAAGUUCCUUGUGAUGGAAAUCUAGCCUCCAGCUAUGAAUCAAAUUCCAGAUUACCCAAACUCUCAUCAGAGGACAUUGAAGAGCUAAAAUUAGCCAAGGAGAACCUGGCAAAGGACUUGGCAAGAUCUAGAGAGGAUCUUGAGGCAACAAAACGUAAACUGCAGGAAACAGAGCAGCUGUUAGCAGAAUGUAGAUCACAGUUGGUUUUUUCUCAAAAGUCAAACAGCUUGUCAGAAACGCAGCUGAAAUGUAUGGCAGAGUCAUACAGGUCACUUGAAGCGCGUGCGGAGGAUUUGGAAACUGAAUUAAAUCUUUUGCGAGCUAAAUCUGAAGCUUUGGACAAUGAUCUUCAAGAUGAGAAGAGGAAUCAUUAUGAAGCUUUGUUCAAGUGCCAGGAGCUGCAAGAGCAACUACAGAGGAAUGAGGUUUGCGCUAUUUGUUCUUCAGCAAUUGAUGGUCAUCCCCAGAAGAGCCAGGAGAUGGAGUUGAGUGCUGCUGCAGAGAAGUUGGCAGAAUGUCAGGAAACAAUUUUUCUUCUUGGCAAGCAGUUGAACUCUCUGCGACCCCAGCCAGAUUUUGGUGGAUCUCCAUUUAGCGAGAGAAGUCAAAGAGGCGAAGAGUUUACCGAGAACGACCCAUCUAAAAGUGGCACUAAUCUGCUGGACAUUGAUCGGUCCGAAAUGGAUACCGCCACUUCUGCAAUGACGCCCGUAGUCGGCGCAGAGUCCCCUUGUAGUGCUUCUGACGACGAUGGAGGAAGCUCCUUGAGAUCGCCUAUGAAGUAUAAACAUUCGAAACACACGCCAACCAAGUCAAGCUCCUCUUCCUCCUCGGCUCCCACCCCAGAGAAACAGACUCGAGGAUUUAGUAGAUUCUUCUCCGCGAAAGGAAAGAACAACAGCCAUUAGGGGCAUGCAAUUGUGUUGCAUGAUAAUGUGAUUCUGUUUAAAAUAUUUCAUUCAAUAAUAUAAAAUAGAUAAAAAAAAAACCAAACAUAGACCUCUAAGAUCUUUAGAUGGGAGUCAGUUUUGGGAGCUCUAUGUCAUAAAAGUUAGCACAUAAAUGAUGCUUUUCAAAUCUCUCUCCUGGCUGCUGUACCUAAUGCUGUACAUUAUAUUCACAUCUGUUCAAUUUUCUUCUUUUCUUUU